CUCCCAGGUGGGAUUACUUGUAGUUAAUAGACUGGACUCAGAGCCCCAAAAAGCAGCGCAUUCAGUGUGGGCAAACAGAACGCACUGCCACAGGCUUUCCAAGAACCCCCUGCCAUGGCCAGGAGAGGCUCAUGCCAGCUCUAUCAGGUAAUAUCUUUGUUCACUUUUGCUGUUGGUGUCAAUAUCUGCUUAGGAUUCACAGCAAAUCGAAUUAAGAGGGCGGAAGGAUGGGAUGAAGGUCCUCCUACAGUGUUAUCAGACUCCCCCUCGAUCAACAUCUCCGGAUCUUGCAAGGGCAGAUGCUUUGAACUUCAAGAGGCUGGACCCCCUGAUUGUCGCUGUGACAACCUGUGUAAGAGCUAUAGCAGCUGCUGCCUUGACUUUGAUGAACUCUGCUUGAAGACAGCUGGCGGCUGGGAGUGUACCAAGGACAGAUGCGGAGAAGUAAGAAACGAAGACCAUGCCUGUCACUGCUCGGAGGAUUGCUUGGCCAGGGGAGACUGCUGCACUAACUACCAAGUGGUUUGCAAAGGAGAGUCUCACUGGGUAGAUGAUGACUGUGAGGAAAUAAAGACCCCAGAAUGUCCUGCAGGGUUUGUUCGCCCUCCACUGAUCAUCUUCUCUGUGGACGGUUUCCGCGCAUCGUACAUGAAGAAAGGCAGCAAGGUCAUGCCUAACAUUGAAAAGCUGAGGUCUUGUGGCACUCACUCCCCCUACAUGAGGCCUGUGUACCCAACAAAAACUUUCCCUAACUUAUACACUUUGGCCACUGGGCUGUAUCCAGAAUCACAUGGAAUUGUUGGCAAUUCCAUGUAUGAUCCUGUAUUUGAUGCACAUUUCAAUCUUCGAGGGCGAGAGAAAUUUAACCAUAGGUGGUGGGGAGGUCAGCCGCUAUGGAUUACAGCCACGAAGCAAGGGGUGAAUGCUGGGACAUUCUUCUGGCCUGUGGUGAUCCCUCACGAGCGGAGAAUACUGACCAUCCUGCAGUGGCUGACCCUGCCGGACCACGAAAGGCCUUCAGUCUAUGCCUUCUAUUCCGAACAGCCUGAUUUCUCUGGACACAAGUAUGGCCCCUUUGGCCCUGAGGAGAGUAGUUAUGGUUCACCUUUUACUUCGGCUAAGAGACCUAAGAGGAAGGUUACCCCUAAGAGGAGACAGGAAAGACCAGUUACUCCUCCAAAGAAAAGAAGAAGAAAAGUACAUAGGAUGGAUCAUUAUGCUGCGGAAGCUCGUCAGGACAAAAUGACGAAUCCUCUCAGGGACAUUGACAAAACCGUGGGGCAGCUGAUGGACGGACUGAAACAGCUGAAGCUGCAUCGCUGUGUCAAUGUCAUCUUUGUCGGAGACCACGGAAUGGAAGAUGUCACAUGUGAUAGAACAGAAUUCUUGAGCAAUUACCUGACUAAUGUGGAUGAUAUUAUUUUAGUGCCAGGAACUCUAGGAAGAAUUCGACCCAAAUUCAACAAUCAUGCUAAAUAUGACCCUAAAGUCAUUAUUGCUAAUCUCACGUGUAAAAAACCAGACCAGCACUUUAAGCCUUACAUGAAACAGCACCUUCCCAAACGUUUGCACUACGCCAACAACAGAAGGAUCGAAGACGUCCAUUUACUGGUGGAGCGCAGAUGGCACGUCGCCAGGAAACCUUUGGAGGUUUAUAAGAAACCAUCAGGAAAAUGUUUUUUCCAGGGAGACCAUGGAUUUGAUAACAAGGUCAACAGUAUGCAGACUGUUUUUGUAGGUUAUGGCCCAACAUUUAAGUACAAGACCAAAGUACCUCCAUUUGAAAACAUUGAACUUUACAAUGUUAUGUGUGAUCUCCUGGGAUUGAAGCCAGCUCCGAAUAACGGGACCCACGGGAGUUUGAACCAUCUCCUGCGUACCAACAUCUUCAGACCGACUAUGCCAGAGGAAGUCACCAGACCCAACUACCCAGGGGUUAUGUACCUUCAGUCUGAUUUUGACCUGGGCUGUACCUGUGAUGAUAAGCUAGAGCCAAAGAACAAACUGGAUGAACUCAACAAGCGCCUCCAUAUCAAAGAGUCCACAGAAGCUGAAACCAGGAAAUUCAGAGGCAGCAAAAAUGAAAUCAAGGAAAACGUUAAUGGAAAUUUUGAACCUAGAAAAGAGAGACAUCUCCUCUAUGGACGGCCUGCUGUACUCUAUCGGACUAGAUAUGAUAUCUUAUAUCACACUGACUUUGAAAGCGGUUAUAGUGAAAUAUUUCUAAUGCCACUCUGGACAUCAUACACUGUUUCCAAACAGGCUGAGGUCUCUGGCAUCGCUGAGCACCUGACCAACUGCGUCCGGCCUGAUGUCCGCAUUUCUCCGAGUUUCAGUCAGAGUUGUUUGGCCUACAAAAAUGAUAAACAGAUGUCCUAUGGAUUCCUCUUUCCUCCUUAUCUGAGCUCAUCCCCAGAAGCUAAAUAUGAUGCAUUCCUUGUAACCAAUAUGGUUCCAAUGUAUCCUGCUUUUAAACGCAUCUGGAAUUAUUUCCAAAGGGUUCUGGUGAAGAAAUAUGCUUCAGAAAGAAAUGGAGUUAACGUGAUAAGUGGACCAAUUUUUGACUAUGACUACGAUGGCUUACAUGACACACAAGACAAAAUCAAACAGUACGUGGAGGGCAGCUCCGUCCCCGUGCCCACCCACUACUACAGCAUCCUCACCAGCUGCCUGGACUUCACGCAGCCCGCCGACCGCUGCGACGGGCCGCUCUCCGUGUCCGCCUUCGUGCUGCCCCACAGGCCCGACAACGACGAGAGCUGCAACAGCUCAGAGGACGAGUCGAAAUGGGUAGAAGAGCUUCUCAAGAUGCACACAGCGCGGGUGCGGGACAUCGAGCAUCUCACCAGCUUGGACUUCUUUCGCAAGACCAGCCGCAGCUACCCGGAAAUUCUGACCCUAAAGACGUACCUGCAGACGUAUGAAAGCGAGAUCUAGCCUUCCGGCCCUCUGCGCUGCAGGCUUAUCAACUGGUGUAUAUUUUUAUAUUGUUUUUGUAUUUAUUAAUUUGAAACCAGGACAUUUUUUAAAAAAUGCUAGUAUUUUAAUCCUGUACCAAAUCUGACAUCUUAUGCCUGAAUGACUCCACUGUUUUCCUCUAAUGCUUGAUUUAGGUAGUCCUGUGUUUUGAGUAGAGCUUGUAAUAAUUACUGCAGCUUGCAUUUUUAGUGGAAGCUUCUAAAUGGUGCUGCAUAUUCCAUAUUUGCAUUGAGGAAAUCUCAAUCUUCCAAUGCACAGUUGCCACAUUUAGUCCCGUACUGUGUUAAAAUACUGAUUUUGUAAAGUUGCAUUCAUUUAUUGUUAAUUAUGACAGACAUUUAAACCUUAUAGACCAAUAUAGACCAAUCUUAAAUAUAAUAAAUCACACAUUCAGUUUU